AUGCAUACUCAGGAAGAAGCCGUUCGACUCAGAGAAGAAGUCAGCUAUAAAAGAUUUUAUCCUGAUUUAGAUGUCAACGAUGAUGUUGUUUUCACAAAAGAAACUGGAGGGCCGGGCCAGAUGGGCGGUGAUGAUGAAAAUGCAAGCUUAUUACAAUAUAUGACGUCGUGGAAGCAGUUAAUUGUGAAUGAUACAAUUACGAUGGAAAAGUUAGGUCCUCAGAUUAAACAUGCGGAGUUCAAACGUUGUGGGAUCCAGAUCUCUCAAUUGAACCCUCAGGGAAGAGUCAACAAGCAAUAUCUUCGAUAUGGUUAUGGCACGCAGAAUGGCCGCUGCUGUGCUUUAGACAAGAAGACAUACUGUAAAAAGACUGACAUUCUUCUAAGACAUAAAAACGAAUAUUUCGCAGACAUUUCGCCUUACCAGGUUAAUUUUAAGGUGGAGUAUGAUAUGGAUGAGCAAGAUGAUCUAUUUCUUCGGCAUUUGAACGAAUCUUUUAGCAAUCCGAGGAAUAAAAUUACCCAUGAGCUGUUUGAAAUAAUAAUAACAGUGCUAGAGAACGAGGCAUUCCACCUCGAGAAGAAAAUUCCGCCAAGAGUAUCUCCAACUUCAACUAAUGACACUCACGAAUCUCAUGCUGCUUGGAAGCAUCAUGAAUUGUACGGCUCAGACGAUGGUACUGGAUACCCGAUGGACCAACCGUGUGCUGUCUGUGGUGGGAUAGAAUGUGACAAUUCGAAUGCUAUUGUGUUCUGCGAUGGAUGUGAUAUAGCUGUGCAUCAGGAAUGUUACGGCGUUGUUUUCAUUCCAGAGGGCCAAUGGCUUUGUAGACGUUGUAUGAUUUCAAAAAAUCGGAAAAUAGGCUGCCUCUUCUGCCCGAGCACUACAGGGGCUUUUAAGCAGACAGAUAAUGGAUCGUGGGGCCAUGUUGUUUGUGAAAUUUGGAUACCUGAACUAUAUUUUGGAAAUUUGCACUACAUGGAACCUAUUGGUGGAAUAGAAAACAUUCCAAAAAGUAGGUGGAAACUUGUAUGUUAUAUAUGCAAACAAGAGGUAGGUGCUUGUAUACAAUGUUCGAAUAAGAAUUGCUUCGCUGCGUAUCAUACUACUUGCGCGAAACGAGCUGGCUUAUACAUGAAUUUCAAUGGAUGCACCGUUCAGGAAGCAGCUUCGAAGAGUAUGCCUCCGGGCGCAUUUCUAGAAAGUUACUGUCAUAAACAUUCUCCAAAAGGGUGGAAUGAUUGCGAAGAAGGAAUAAGGAAAACUAGAGAGUACUUUAAACAUGUUAAUGAUCACGAAACUUUGCUCAAUACCGUAGUUCCAACUAAUUCGAAUAAUUCAACGCAAAAGACAACCAAAAAUAAAUGGAAAACCAGCAGGGGAACUCUAAUAGCACCCCAGAAAUUUGCCGAUAUAGUACAGAUGAUUUUAAAGAGAUUUCAUAUACCAGAAACAGAACGUAUCUCUUUUGACUUUUGUAAGUACUGGACUAUGAAGAGAGAGUUGAAAAGGGGAGCCCCAUUGGUGAGGAAGUUUAGCCCUUCUUCUUUGAAUACAUUAAGCUCCGAGGAGUUACAGGAUCGUAUAGCAUUUUCAGAACUUCUUUUACAGGAUUUGAACCAGUUGGAGGACCUAGCUUCAACAUUCGUUGAGAAACAUAAAUGCAACGUUAAGAAAGUAGAAAAAUCGAAAAUUUGCUAUGAUAUCGCUUUUCAUCCGGUUCGUUACAUACUAAGAGAAUCGGUAUGGGAUAACCUGUCCAAAAGUUCAUCAUUUAAAACUUUCAUGCAAUUAGAAGAGUCUGCCGGCCUGGAUAUAUUACGUCCAAUUGAACAAAAACUUACAAAAGAUGAAUAUGAAUCUAUAUAUGAAUUUAAAAGUGAGGUUAUCGAGAAACUUUCACAUAUUGUAGAAGAUGGAAAUUAUCCAAGAUUACUCACGAUCACGGCAUCCAAACUUUUACAAACUUUUCAAUCAUAUAUAUGCAAGAUAGAUGGUAUCGACAUCAAAAGUUUGUUAAAUGAUGAUUUCGAUAUAGACGAAAAGACACAUAAAAUAGAAGAGGUUGCUUGGAAAGGACGAAAACUUCUCAUGAGGGAGGAUUUGAGUGAUGUUGAAGAUCUAUCUAUAAUGGAAGAAAGGCAACUAAAGGGCGCUUUGAGAGAUUAA